AUGGAGUUUCUUGAAAGAACUUAUCUUGUGAAUGAGAAAGCCACCAAGAUGUAUGCCUGCACCCUGGACAGUGUAGAACUCCAGCAGAAACCCUCCAGUAAAGAUCAAUGUCCUGGAGAGAUGCCAGAGGAGCUGGAGUCAGGAGCCAUCUAUCACUGCCAUCGCGACUCCAAGGCCACGGACAGGAGGGCCAACGAGCAAAACCGCGCCAAGUGGAAGCUCUGCGCAGCCUCCGCGGUGUGCUUCGUGUUCAUGGUCGCGGAGGUCGUGGGUGGGCAUAUUGCUGGGAGUCUUGCUGUUGUCACAGAUGCUGCCCACCUCUUAAUUGACCUGACAAGUUUCCUGCUCAGUCUCUUCUCCUUGUGGCUGUCUUCAAAGCGCCCUUCCAAGCAGCUGACCUUUGGAUGGCACCGAGCAGAGAUCCUUGGUGCCCUGCUGUCCGUCCUGUGCGUUUGGGUGGUGACUGGUGUGUUGGUGUACCUGGCGUGUGAACGCCUGCUGCACCCCAAUUACCAGAUCCAGGCGACGGUGAUGAUCAUCGUGUCGGGUUGCGCGGUGCUGGCCAAUAUCAUACUGAGUGUGAUUUUGCACCAGAGACACUCAGGCCACACUCACAAGGAAGUGCAAGCGAAUGCCAGUGUGAGAGCAGCUUUUGUGCAUGCCCUUGGGGACCUAAUUCAGAGCAUCAGUGUGCUGACCAGUGCGCUUAUUAUCUACUUUAAGCCAGACUAUAAAAUGGCUGACCCAAUUUGCACAUUUGUUUUUUCCAUCCUGGUUUUGGCCAGUACCAUCACUAUCUUAAAGGACUUCUCCAUCAUAUUCAUGGAAGGUGUGCCAAAGAGCCUGAAUUACAAUGGCGUGAAAGAGCUGAUCUUAUCGGUGGAUGGAGUGGUGUCUGUGCACAGCUUGCACAUCUGGUCUCUAACAAUGAACCAAGUAAUCCUAUCAGUUCAUGUUGCCGCAGCAGCCAGCCAGGACAGCCAGGUUGUUCGGAGAGAGAUUGCUAAAGCCCUCAGCAACAGCUUUACUGUGCACUCACUCACUAUUCAGAUGGAAUCUCCAGCCGACCAGGACCCUGACUGCUUAUUCUGUGAAGACCCCCAGGACUAG